GUACUAGUUUAUGUUUGACACAACGUGCCAUCGGUCCAUCCAACGCAAUAACUGAAACAGAAAUUUUCAUUGAAAAAGAAAAUGUCUGAAAAUAUCAAAGUAAAAAGAGUUUUUGUUAUCUACACUGGUGGCACCUUUGGCAUGGUGCUUAACGACGUUGGUGUAUUGGCACCAAAGCCGAAGGCUUUGGAGAAUUUCCUUCGGCAAGAUGCCAACCUGCACGACCCCAAUCUACGGGCACCGGAGAAACAUAAGGACGAAUUGGCGCUGCCCGUGGUAAAGGGCGAAUCGUGUCGGGUUCUCUACAAAAUCUUGGAGUACGAUCCAUUGCUGGACUCCAGUGAAAUAGCGGGGAUUGAUUGGAUGCGUAUAGCCAAUGAUAUUUCGUCGAAUUAUGAAUUCUUCGAUGGAUUUGUUGUAAUCCACGGCACCGAUACGUUGGCGUAUACUGCCUCUGCCCUGUCCUUUAUGCUGGAUAAUUUGGCUAAGCCGGUGGUCGUUACCGGGUCGCAGAUACCCAUCUACGACACGCGCACCGAUGGCAAGAACAACUUAGUCUCGUCACUGAUCAUUGCCGGCUGCUAUGAAAUACCGGAAGUGUGCGUCGUCUUCGCCAACAAACUGCUUCGUGGCAAUCGAACGGUCAAGGUCAAUUGCAACGCUCUGGAAGCUUUCGAUUCACCUAAUGCUCCGCUGCUGGGCACAUUUAAUUGUGUCAUAAAUAUAGAUAGAUCCCAGAUACGCCCGGCACCCAGAGACAAGCUGCGUGCUGUGACAGGUGUCUUGGAGAAGAAUUUGGCCACCUUGAAAAUAACUCCAGAUAUUUCAAUUAAUGUGAUUCGAUCGGCUCUGGCGGAGCCCAUAAAGGGCGUUGUCCUGGAGUCCUAUGGCACUGGUAAUAUACCCUCAAAAAGGACCGAAAUAAUUGAUCUUUUACAGGAAGCUGUGCAUCGAGGUGUUAUCAUUGUCAACUGCACUCAAUGCCUGUCCGGCUCAGUAGCCGCAAUUUACGAUGCUGGAGCAGAGCUUAACAAAUUGGGAGUUUUAUCCGGUUCGGAUAUAACUUCUGAGGCAGCGUACACCAAGCUGGCCUAUGUACUGGGGUCUAAUGUGUCACACAAUCGAAAAAUUAAGCUUAUGAAGAACAAUUUACGAGGCGAGAUGACGGUGACAGCAUAAUGAAACCGAACGUACUAAAUUGAAUCAAGGGACUUCCCCCCAUGCGGAUAUACAGUUUAACCCUCUGUCUACAGUAUAUAAUUACAUUAUAUACAUUAUAAUCAUUAUAAUCAACAUUAUAUAUCAAUUAUACAUAUAUACAUAUACAUACAUACAUAUGUAUGUACAUAUCUAUGAACAUA